AUGCGGCGACUCGACAUAUCAGUAUCCGGCGCAGUCCUAGCAUCAUUGCUGGCGUUCGCGCCUCUGCCAGCGGCCGCCUUCUACUUCCCAGGAACCGCUCCCACGUCCUACAAGCAGGGAGACGCAGUGCCGCUGUUCGUCAACCACUUGACGCCUGCAGACUCGCAGAACGAUCCGAAGCUACGAUCCGUCUUCUCGUUCGACUACUACCACGAGCCCUUCCACUUCUGCCGCCCGAAAGAUGGGCCCAAAUACGUAAGGGAGAGCUUGGGGAGCAUAUUGUUCGGCGACCGCAUACAAGACAGCCCGUUCGAGCUGAAGAUGGGCGUGAACGAGACCUGCAAAGCCCUCUGUGGGCCGCAGGAGUAUGACUCAAAGGACGCCGUGUUCGUGAACAACAAGAUCAAGCAGGGAUACGAUCUGAAUUGGCUCAUAGACGGCCUGCCAGCGGCGCAACCACUCAAGGAUCCAAACUCAGGCCUGCCCUUUUACAGUCCUGGAUUCGCGCUUGGCUUGCUGGAUGGAGAGAGCCCCAUCUUCAACAACCACUACGACAUCGUUAUCGACUACCACAAGGCAGGGCCGGACAACUACCGUGUUGUCGGCGUCCUGGUCGCCCCGUACUCGAUGAAGGAUCCGAAGCAGUCCGAGUGCCAGAACGCGCAGUCACCCAUCAUACUCAACGAAGACAAGGGCGACAAGGUGGAUUUCACGUACAGCGUGUACUGGCGACCCAGCCCUACGCCGUUCGCAACACGCUGGGACAAGUACCUCCACGUAUACGACCCGAAGAUCCACUGGUUCUCGCUGAUCAACUCGGCCGUCAUCGUUGUGUUCCUCGUUGGCAUGGUCAGCACCGUCUUGGUACGCACGCUUAGGAAGGAUAUUGCCAGAUACAACCGCUUGGAUGCAUUUGCGCUCGACGACUUUGGCGCAGACGGCAACGUUGAGGAUGGCGUCGCAGAGGACUCUGGCUGGAAGCUGGUGCACGGCGAUGUCUUCCGGCCGCCAAAGAACCCCCUGUUCCUGUCCGUCCUGCUCGGCAACGGCGCGCAGCUCUUCGCCAUGACUGCCCUGACCAUUGCCUUUGCCCUCCUCGGUUUCCUGUCCCCCAGCAACCGCGGCGCCCUCGGAACCGUCAUCAUCAUCUUCUACACGCUCUUCGGCUUCAUCGGCGGCUAUGUCUCCUCACGAACCUACAAGUUCUUCCACGGCGAGAAGUGGAAGCUGUGCUUCUUCUACACGCCCUUCGCGCUCCCCGUCGUCGUCUUCGCCUGGUUCUUCUUCCUCAACCUGUUCCUCUGGGGCCGCGGCGCAUCCGGCGCCGUCCCUUUUACGACCAUGCUCGUCAUCGUCGUCAUCUGGUUCAUCAUCUCCAUCCCGCUCAGCUUCGCGGGCUCCUGGCUCGGCUUCAAGCAGGCCGCCAUCGACCCGCCGGUCCGCACAAACCAGAUCCCGAGACAGAUCCCCCCGUCGGGCGGAUACCUGCGCCCGCUCCCGUCCAUGGCGCUCGCCGGCGUGCUGCCGUUUGGCGCCAUCUUCGUAGAGUUGUACUUCAUCAUGAACAGCAUCUGGUUCAGUAAGGUGUACUACAUGUUUGGAUUUCUGUUCAUCUGCUUCGGCCUGAUGAUCAUCACCUCGGCCGCGGUCACGGUGCUGGUGAUUUACUUCUUGCUGUGUGCGGAGAACUAUCAUUGGCAGUGGCGCAGCUUCUUCACCGCGGGCGCCAGUGCCUUCUACGUCUUUGCGAGCUGUUUGCUGUACUGGGCCAAGGACGUCAGCUUCUCGACGCUGACGAGCGGGGUUGUGUAUCUGGGCUACUCGGCGCUGCUGAGUUUGCUGGUGUUUGUCUUGACUGGCACAAUUGGCUUCUUCGCGAGCUGGCUGUUCACCCUCCGCAUCUAUAGGUCCAUCAAGGUCGACUAA